AUGACUCAAAAGUGUUCAACAAUAGAUAACUGCCUUGAUUUGCAUCAGAAAAUUUUUGAACAAUGCGGGUGGUGGCGGUUUGGGUUUGAGGGCUCAAGAAUAAGAGUGAAAGUGGAUGAUUUGAACUUGUUCAACAAACCCAUAUAUUUCUGCAAUGUGGGAGAAAGCCUUAAGGAUAUUCAUCGGAUGACAUUACAUGCAAACAUGACCACACAUGUGAAGAAUUCUCUCAAAUUAUCUAAGCACACAAAAGAACAACGCAAGAUUUUCAAAUCGAGGUGGUGGGGUGGAGAUUUGACAAACGAAAGCGGGGUUCGUAAAACUCAUGCCACUGUUUCACUUAAAAUGACAUAA